AUGAUUAACAGUGUCAAUGCUUUGGAAUUGUUAAAACCAAAGUUAAUAACAAUGGACAAAUUUAAUACAACUACAACCACAAAAUUACUUCCAACAUCUUCGCUUUCACAAACGAGAACAUUUGUAACAAUUAGUGGUCAUCAUCAUCAUCAUCCAGAAAAGCAACAACAACUUUUAUUUAAUGAUGAUAUUAAACACCAGGAACGUGUUAGAGUACAACAUUUAGAAAAUCAUACAAAGUUACAAAAUAAUAAAUGUUGGAAUAAUUUUCGUACCUUAUACAAUAAUAUAAGUGCCUCCUCCGCCACAUCCUCCUCAGGUGUUAAGAAAGAUAACGAUAAUGAAAUAGAUGUUGUAAAUGUUGAACAUUUAUCCCCAACAACACAAAAUAAUAUACAAACUAAAAGUGCCUUUAAUUUAGAAAUAAAUAAUAAGAUAUGUUACAAUAACAACAACAAUAAUAAUAGUAUUUGUGGCAAUAAUAAUAAUAAUAUUAAAAUAAAAUCUACAAAUAUCGUUGGUAGCAAUAAUAAUCAGUUAUAUUGCAAACAACUUAAUAAUAAUAAAUAUGGCCUUAUAAAUAAACAAUCUUCACCGCCAACAACAACAACAAUGAUUGUAAUGACACCAACUGAAACACAAGCAUCACUCAACAACAACAACACCCAACGUACUGAAGAUCAAAAUAAUGCUUAUCGUCAUAUUGAAAGUGUCCAUAAUUAUGCUAAAUCAAAAUCCUAUGAAGAUGACGAUGAAGACAAUAAGUCACCUAAUGGUAGUCGUCAUAGCAGUUAUUUGGACGAUGAUGAAGAGGACGAAGAAGAUGAUGACGAGGAAGAUAAUAAUGAUGACGAUAUUGACGCAGUAUAUGGUAAUGAGGAUGAAAUGAAUAUUGAAGAAUUUCCCCAUGAUUUGGAUGAUGCUGCUGACUAUGAAGAUAUUUUCAAUAGAAGAAGAUAUAAAAGAUUACAAAAAUUGUCGACUUCAUCUGAUGGUGCUGUAACAUCUAAAAACAAUAGAUUGUGCAAUAUUAGAGUAGGAAAUUCGACUAAUUUUGUAAAUGUUUUAAAAGACCAGAAAAUUCGUGAUACUGUUAAGAAAAAUGACAAUAAAAAGAAUGUUGAUAACGAUGAUGAGGAUGUUCACAUAGAUGUUGAUGUUGAAACUGUAGAAUCGCAGACAUCGCCCAACCUACCCAUCGUGGACAGAAAUACUUCUUCAACUAUAGUUAAUAGCAUUGGUGAGGAAUCAGCUGCUGCUGACUGUGCUAAACCUGAUCAUCAUGCUCGUCGUCCUAUGAAUGCGUUUUUAAUAUUUUGUAAACGUCAUCGUGCUAUUGUUAAGGAUCGUUAUAAAAACUUGGAAAAUAGAGCAAUAACCAAAAUAUUAGGAGACUGGUGGGCCUCAUUGGAAGCAAAUGAUAAAAAAUGUUUUACAAAUCUAGCUCAACAGAACAAAGAUGCCUUCUUUUCAGCAAAUCCCAAUUUUAAAUGGUACAAACUACCAGCACCACCUCUACGUACUCUAACAACACGUCCAGCCAAUGCGUUUGGCCAAGAGUAUCAAGAAGAUAACAACGAAGCCGCUCUCGAAGUUAUAAGCAAUAAUACACGUAGCUGUAACAGCAGCAACAAUCAUGGUAACUACUUUAAACUAGCCGACGAAGCACAAAUGGGUGAUUUAAGUCAAUUAAUGCAAGAUAAAUCAAAGUCCAAUAACACCAAAAAAUCUGCUGAUUUACAGCAAGCUUUAGGCGAAACAUCACAAUUUAUGAGUGCUCACAUAACAGGAAAUACUGAGGGCCUUGAAGACAAUCCCUUGAAAAGGCGUUAUCACAAUGAGAACAGUUUUUCGAGCAAUAGUAGUGAAGAUGAUAACUUAGAGCCCAAAAAGAAAAGCGCAAGAUCUUGUAAGGGUAAAAGAUAUCAAGAAUUAAUAAAUUCUGGACAAAUAGCUACAGCAGUAAAGAAAUCAAAAUCCUCCAUGCGUUUAUCUGGUUGUGGAGUUGAUAAUGCAGAAAUGGUUGUAAAGCAAAAUUUCGCAAACGUAAGUAGUUGCCAUAGUCCUCUAAAUAACAAUAAUAAUAUUGUCUGCCAAAAGCGUUCUAUAUCUGAAACGGAAAAUAUAUUAUCAUAUGAUUUGAGUGGUUUUGAUUUAGAGGAAAGAAUCAAAGAAUUACCCGCUUUAAAUUUGGAUGAUUAUUUGCAACGCAAACGUAAUACAAAAAAGAAAAAGAAAUUUUCUACCAAUGGUAAAAAAAGAGGACAACGUGGCAACACUAACAAUGAAAUGAAAACAACACAAGCUGUUGCUGCUGCUGCUGCUGCUGCAAAUCAAAUUGCUAAACAACAACAAAUUGCCACUGCAGCAGUGGGCAGUCAAAAACGUAAGGCUCGUAAGGAAAGCAUAACACGUCGUGAUGUUUCGGCCAUAGAAGAAGAAGUAACCUCAUUGUUACCUCUAACUAUAAAUGGUUGUUGUUAUUUUCAAGAAGCGCCCACAACUAUGAAAUACAUUAAAGAAAUGGAAAAAGACAACACAACAGCACAACAAUCACUUAAUGUUUCAACAUCACCAAUCAUUCCUUUACAACAAUUCAACAACAACAACAACUCUUCAUCAUCAGUAUCUGUUGAUAUUUUUAAUAAUAUUAACACUAGUAACAACAACAACACUUUAAAUGACAAUAUAUCGUCGUCUACCUCAGAUUUACUCAUACUGGCCGAAGUAGCUGCCAAUCGCACUGAACUAAAGCAUUAAUGUGUUUAAUAUUAAAACUAAACUAAACUAUAUUAUAUCUACCAAUCAUCAUCAUUCACUCAUAUUUUUAGUGCAAGUAUUUAUUACUUGUACAUUUUUAAUAUGAUUAUUAUGUUGGUUAAUUUAAAUUUUAAUAUUGAUAUUUAUUUAAUUCUAAUUCUAGUUAAAUAUGUGUGUUAACUAAUUUAAUAUCAUAAUUUUAUUUACAUUUAUAGAAUGUGCAAUAAUUUGUUAAUUUCUUCUUUUUUUCCAAAUGUUUUGUUUAAUAAGUAAUUGCAAGAAACGAGUUGUCAGAUGUAUGGUUAAUAAUUGAAUUUGAAAAAAUCAACUCCUAAGGGCGUUACUCUGUAAAAUGACCCCUAUUCUGCAUUCGAAAAAAGUUAUUCUAACAAAAAACUGAAUCGUAAGAAAAAGAAGAAGCAAUUCCAUUUUGCUUUACGAAUGUGUGUAUUCUGCAUUACGAUCGUACCUACGUUUUGUAAUUUGUUGUUUAUGUGCCGGAUAGUCGAAUCGAAAUGCAGAAUAUCAAAGUUGCCAAACGGUGAAAAUUUCGAUUUGAAUUGAAAUGCAGAAUAGGGGCUAAUAUCUAUAUAGAAUUAAGAAAACAGCAUUGAAACUCGUUUCUUAACAUCACAAAAAAAAACAAAAACAA